AUGUCUAAAUUCCUCUCUAAUCUGCGCCGUUUUCUAACACGGUCAAAAAUACCAAGCUCAUAUGGAGGGUCGAUAGAUACGAAUUUCUCGAAGUUCCAAGAAGGCGAUGUAGUGAUAAUCAAUGGGAGGAAUCCAUCAUUGACUAAGGCCCUUGGGCGGAACAAGCAGACGGGGGUCAGUCGCGGGGUUAUCCAGCACAAUGAUAUCAUUGGUAGAAGACCUCGAGAUCUUGUGAAGGCACAAAAAGACAUUCAUACAUCCGUGCCUUCGGACCAACGCGAACCAGACCAACCGGUAGAAAUUUUGGAAGCGGGAACUGGUCAUGGAUCACUGACGCUCCAUCUUUCCCGUGCAAUAAAUGGUGCCAAUACCUGUCCGCCCCCAAUUCCCGCCCAUUCUCAGCUGAAAAUUAUCCCGGAAAACUCCAGUGGGCAAGAAACAAAAAGUUCAAAAAGGGAAGGACAACAAAUAUCAGACGAAAGCUCCUUGAACCAAGAAGCAUGGGACUCUUGGCGCUCUGGACGCCGAGCUAUCAUACACACGGUAGAAAUCUCUGCGAAGCAUUCGGCCCAUGCUGAAAAGAUUAUUCGUGGCUUUAGACGCGGAAUGUAUGCCGGGAACAUCGAUUUCUACGUUGCCAGUGUAGAAAACUGGAUCGAAGAACAGACUCGACGUCGCAACAGAUCGCUAUUUUCAGGAACGUUGGAACCAUUCCUUUCAUAUGCCAUCCUUGAUAUGCCGUCGGCACACCUACGCAUACCCCAUGUUUCACCAAUCCUCAAAGUGGACGGUGUUUUGGCCGUGUUCAUGCCGAAUGUGACACAAAUAGGCGACUGUGUGAAGAUAAUCAAUGAUAAACGACUACCAUUGGUUUUGGAAAAGGCCGUGGAGCUCGGUACUGGUAUCAGCAGCGGAAGGCUAUGGGAUAUUAGGAUGGCAGUACGACGGUCCCGCCCAGUCAAGACCAAAGAAGCGGAACAACCAACAGGAGGCGAAAAUGGAGAGGAGUCGUCUGGAGAAGUAUCUGAAAGUAAAACUCAAGAUGUUUACACUAGCGCGCUGGCUGGAGAACCACAGGCGGGUGACCCAGUCCUAGUUUGCAGGCCGAAAGUUGGAGAACGCAUUGUUGGAGGAGGUUUUGUAGGAUUAUGGAGAAGAAUCAACGAGCAGUAG